GUAUUAACCGUAGUGGUUGUGUACCCAACCUCUUGCUUAGAACCUUUGUAAGAUAAAUCAUACGGAAAAUCACCAUAACAUACAAAUAAAUGCUUGCAAUUAGUUAAAAAAUUAUUCACUCUUUGUAAUUUAUCAAAGGAACCCGUGCAAGGCAAUGUAUAUUAGUUAAUAUUGAAUUUAUCGCGCUUGUUUGAAUUGUCGUUUGUGGGAAUCGAUAUUAGGUGUUAUUAAUGAAAUUACUAAGGUGCUCCAAGUGAUAUUGUGUAGAACCUGUUUAAAAUCUCGUUAAAUUUAGGUCGUGUUAAAAUCGAUAGAGUAAAUAAAAAAAUGCAUAAUUUCCCCAUGGUAUAAUCGGUUCGAUACCGGUUAAGUUUUUCCGCUGUUGUGCUCUUGAUAGUGCCAGUGUUAGUGCUAUGUGUAAUAAAUUAUUGUGAUUCACUUAUACACGAAGAACUUCACCCCGAAUGCCAUCAAACAGGACUCGUAUGAAAACAGUAUUAUGUGAUAGUGAUCUGUGAACAUGGCGGCCAUUUUGAAAAUGUACAAUUUGUCAGCUGGCGCAGUUUUGGCGCGAAUCUUCGUGCUUCUCUCGUUCACCGUGUAUUCCUCUUAUGGUGGAGGCUGUACCUUCCCAGCAGAAUGGACCGGCAGCUGGUUCCAGUCAGGCAUACCGUCGCUUAUAGAUAUCAACUCCACUCAUAUACAGAUGAAGGGAGAAUGUUCAGAGACUGAGUCCUAUGACAAGUUUUUGUUGCAUGAUAGGACCUUUGACUGCUACAGGUGUAUGGUCAUACACGAAAAGCACAAAUAUGUUCUCCAAUACAAAGAAACCUACUGCAGUCAAAAAAAUUCGCUGUCCUCAAUAUGUGACGAGAUCAGCGGUGAUGCACCUCUCUACUCCAUGUUCCGGAAGGAUCCGGCCGCUGUUCCGCAGCCAUGUCCUUUUAGGCCGGCACCGUUCACUUUCACUUAUAACCGUGGUUCCGGCGACUGCGUGUAUCCGCCUUCACGAGCGGAGUCGUGCACGGACGAUUCAAGACUGCUUCUGAGAUACAUGGCAUGUCCCGAUGUGCCUGGUACAGAGAGUAAUGUUGAAGAGCUGGUCUGCCUGGCCACAUGGAAGGAAGGUUCCACCAGAUAUCUAGUCGGGCAGAUUUCUCAAGUCCAGAGACGGAACUCUAUCGCCUCCGAUGAAGAUACUUAUCGGUGCUUCAUCUACAAGGGCCUCCAUGGUGACAAAAGUACUUCCUACAUCAUAGCCCAGUCGGGGGAUGCCACCUGCAAUGGCUUGUCUUCACCGACAGACGGCAGCAGAACAAUGAAACUUACUACAAGUGAUGAUGAGCACAAUCGUUGUCAUUUCCCCGGAUGGAUAGUGGAGCACCACAAGUGGUUCAGCCUCGACCACACCCAUCAGUACCACUUUACUACCAAGAACGCAACUCUCAAGAUAAUGAACUCGGACGGUUCAUUUGAAGAGAAGCGAUUGGUAUGUCAUUCGAUUUUGGAGCAGAAGGACAAGAAACAUAUAAAACUGGUUGCGCACGUAACUAGGGGCUGUGAAUCCGGUCACAUUUGCCUCAAGUUCUACCGUCGCGAGGGCAACGUGUUGGAGUUGCAGCAAGGAUCAAAUCUUUGGGAGUCGCCUCAAGACGCCUGCGCUGAGAAUACUCAACCGUCGUAUAUAACGCUUAUAACCACUUCACUAACACCAAUGCGGUGUCCUAUUCUCGGCCGAUACUCGAUCGUGAACUCGCUCGCCGAUCGACGCAGGCGCAGACAACAAAUUGGUGAUCCAGAUUCAGAAGGUAGUGAAAUGUCUGAAUGUGUGUCAGGAGAUUACGACAGUGCCAGCAUUGGGUGUGGCGCUGCACAGGAUACGAUCGAGUUUAAGUCCUCUUGUAGCAGUACCGUAUACACGUGCUACGGCAGCUGGCAAGAGAACGGGCGGGGCUUCCUGGUGGCGGCUCCCGUCUCCCGCUCUUCCUCUCAUCCCAGAACAUUCUGCUUCAUGUAUACCACCAGACCUGCUAAUGAGAGCCGCGGAAGUGAGUCAGUGUCUCUUAGCGCCGUUAGCGUGUCCUGUGACAGACGAGCCAUUCCUGGAAGACAUGGUGAUAAAGCAUACAACCUCACUUCUAAUGGUACAUGCGAGCAGAGCAGCAAAUACAAUAGCGUGGCUUUCAAAAUGGCGCCGGCGGCCAUUUUGAUAUUUGCACUCUCCCUGACAGCUCUCAGGUGAUACACUGGCGAUAUCUAGAUAUGACUUGUCAUUCAGCUUAGGCCUAUAUUUUAUUUCGGAUUUGAUAAUUCACUAUUAUAUGGUAAUAAUGAUAUCUUCUUAGUUAUUCAAAAUACAAUGAUUAUUACAGAAAUUAUUUAUAAAAUCAUAAUAGAUUAAAAAAUCGUUUCUAUAACAAAACUGGGCCGACAUUUUGUAUGUCAAUCACCAUAAUAGGAAUAUAAUUGUAUAAUCAUUUAAAUAUAAAUUGUCUUUUUAGACAUCGUUUUUUUAGCUGUGAGAUGUUUACAGAACAACAUAUAGUAAUUUUAACUAAAAUAUAGGCCCAAGUUUAUAUCAAAAAAAAAUAGCGCAUUUAAGAUUAGUGUUGCUUUGUGAUAAAUAAAUUUUGGCGGGAAAUUUUCAAUGUUGCCAUUAUUGGCGCUAGCACCUAAGUUUCACGUUAUUUAUUCUCGGCGAGAACUAAAUGUUUGAUUUAAGGGUAUACAAAUAUGUCGUAUUUAUUCUAACUAAAUAUUGACUUUUAAAAUAGCGUAUUCUUUAAUUUUUUGGAAAGGCAGCUUUUGGAAUGAGGUAGAAUCACUACGAAAUGAGUAUGAUUGUAAAAUAUUUGUUUGACUGUAUCUCCUACUAAGUACGAACGAAAUGUAAAUAUUUUGCUUAUUAAAGUGGUGAUUAAUCGUAAGUAUUUAAAUUUCAUAAUUGCAUAAAUUAAACCUGAAAUAGUAUGAAUAUUUUUUAAACUGUUUUUUAUAAGUUUGGUCACCGCUAAGCUCAAAACCCCUUUCAGUAAAAUAAGAGGGAUAUUAAAAUAGUAUGGACAAGUAGAUUUUGUAACUUGUAGGAUAUAAAGCCUUUUUGGAACAUCCAAUGUCGAAAAGAGAUUCUUAAGAUUUGGCUUUUGGGUCAUUCUCAUUUUGGUUUUCUCUUUGACGUAAUGUAUAAAUACUUAAUUAAAUAUCCUACCGGUUAUAUUGUCUGGAUCUGUCUCGACACGCUUUCGUAAUUGUAUGUUAUAUAUAAGUUAGAUAGAUUAAUAAUAAGAAUAAACCUUGUUUUCUUUCCUGGUAUAUUUCGCAAAUUUUAACUAACGUCGUCUCGUUUCAAUUUCAAUAGGAAAAGAGUGAGACGGCAAUACUUGUUAAACUAUUUCCUUCAAAUUUUUGAAAUAUACCUUUUACGCCGUUAACGAGAGAACGAGGGAACAACUUAUGACUUUUUUAAAUAAAAUUUACAUGUUUUUUUGAUUUAAAAAAUCCCAGUUUAUGUUAUUCUUGAGUUUUUAGAGUAACUUACAAACAUAGUAGAAAUAGAUUAAAAAUUGCUGAAACCUUUUUUUCUACUCGACGCUUACUAUUCGCUAAAUAUAACUCCUGACCAAUAGUAGUAUUAAAUAUAUUGCUCAUAGUUCGAAAUUUUAUUUGUGAUAUAAAAUAUUUAAGACAUGUAAAUACAAACUAGAAUCGAGUUCCUCAUUUUAUUAUUUAACAACUGUAUGGUUUGAGCGAGCGUUGAAUUUGGAUUUUUUGAAAAAAAAAAAAUAAGUACUGUACGUCUUCCGAGCAACGAUAUCCAAAGUCGCAGGGUAACUUUUAACCGGCGAAAUAUUGAAAAUUUAACUGUAAUUGAAGUCCAGUGGAGUUCCAGCCUGUUGAAGUCCACUGCUGGAAAAUAGGCAUCUUCCCUAAAUUUCCAGCACAUCUUCGCGCUUUGGAUCCAACGCCUACCCUCCACCUUCACCAGGUUAUCUGUCCACCUAGUGGGAGUGGAAUUUAUAUUGUAAUUAGAGCCGAUUAUCCAAUCAACUAAAUGCAGGUAUUUUCGAAUCCCUCUCCAUUCGGUCGUCAAACUGUCGCUUUGUGUGAUGUUAAUAAAGAAAUGUUUUUACAACGAACCCAAAUUCAAAGCUCAAGAGUGUAGAUUAAGAAUUAUCGAUGCUUGCCUAAAAUAUUUCUAACAAUAUAAAUAAAACUUAGCCGAGAUGACUAUUGUAAAUAAACUAGUGGGAUAAUUUGGUAAUAUUUUGUAAACGUAUCACAAUUUUUUAAAAUACAGGACAUUAUAAAGAUAAUAAUGUAGGUAUGUCGAAUUGAAUUAUGACGAAAUAAAUGUAUGGAAAGUUUAUUUAUAAUUUUUAUCUAAAUUUAAGAUGUUAAAUGCACAAUAUAUGUAAUACACUAUAGUGAAUAGUUGAGAGGCACGAUGACAGCAGCUGUCAACGUCGCCGGAUGUCAAGUUUGACAGUUUGCUGUAAUUGCCCUCUGAAAAGCUUUUUGGAAAAUUUAAUUUAUGAAUGAAAAUUUUAAAAUAAGAGAUGCCACAUUGUGAAUAGGUGCACUGACAUUGUAUGUAAAAUAUAUGUAUUGGAAUUGUAAUUUCGGCUUGUACAUAUGUUUUUAUUUUUUGGCUUUAAACAUACAUUUCUUUCCUAAACCUUGUAAUCUGUUGAGGUUUUGUGCUCCUUUUAUGUAUUUCUACUGAUUGCGCCACGAAAUACGAUUUGUAACUAUUAAUGUAAGCCUAUUAUUAUAUUUUGAUUACUGAAAUAUAUUUAAAAAUCAA